CGCGGUGAGGCGGUACUGUUCUGUCUCAGUGUUUGCUCUGCUGCUCGGUAGUGAAAGUGUCGCUGCGGAUUCUGCGAUAAGACCGGGAGAGAAACUGCAGCUGGAGCGCGAGCUACCGAGUCACGGAGUGAAGUUGAAGCUGUAAGACAUUGAGCAGGGGUUCCUCACUGGACUCACAAAAUAUCUGGAGAGAGAGAGAGAGAGAGAGGAAAGAAAGAGAGAGACCUAUAGGAAGGAAAGCACAUCUGUUAAACACAUCAAGUCAGAAGUCUCAGCAGGACCUCUGCGUUUUCCGUUGAGGAGAAAUGAUCUGGAGCGCAGUUUGUCGGCCUAUCAUUAGGCCACAGGGCCUCACGCUGAGGAAUGGAUAGCCUCGCCGCUAACGCUACAAUUACUGCUUUAAGGAUGGGACACAGCUAAUGGAAAUCAUUUAUUCUUUGGCCUGAACAUCAGCAGAAGCAGCAGUAUUUGAUGUAACCACUGUAUUACUGUACGUCUCAGCAAAAGUAGUAUUUGUUAUCCAUUGUGUUGGCUUGGGACCGAUUCCUUUUUUUAUUUAUUUAUUGAUUUGUAUAAAAGAUGGCGGCGACCUAUCGGAUUGUGGUCAGCAGUAUAAACUAUUAUAACAGUGUCGUAGUUGAUCGACGCGUUCAGCAGACCGUGCAUUACUGUAACGGACCAUGUGGAGCGAUAAAACAUGGACUUAGCUGCACUGUGGCUCAUCGUAGUACCUGUGCUGAACUUCUGGAUUCUUCCCAGACGUACACCGAUCGGCCAAUCAGCUACCACGAUUCUGCGUCUAAAAUGCUUGAAAAUGGUGGAUGCGGUCAUGUUGGAUUUGGUGAAGAUUUCCAUUAUCAGGUCGUUCCACGAGUGAAGAAAGGAUCUGCUAUCCAGAGCUCAACGAGCCUGAAGGAUAUCACCGGCGAGGCGAUCAACUUGGCCAGUGGGAAGAUGAAGGAGUUCUCCUUUGAGAAGGUGAAGUACUCCUCUAGUCAUGUAACCUUCAGGAAAGGUAGAAAGGUAAGACCCGACUCGUUUAGCCGGAGAUCUGCCGACCUUGAUGUCAUCUACGGACACUUCGGCAACGAUGAAAACUGUCCUCCGCAGAAAUCAGCACCAGAUGAGCAGAAGUUGAACCGAAGCAUCUCUCUGGAGCAGAACUUGAACAAUGCAGCCUCAUUUUAUCUCAACAACCUCACAGAGGAGAACCUCAUUGCCCGGAUUCUGGAGAAGACCAAAACAGACAGCAAUGCUUCCGGGGAAGAUAUCAAAGCUUGUUUGGACAUCCUGCUCAAGUGCUCGGAGGAUUUGAAGAAGUGCACAGACAUUAUAAAGCAGUGCAUAAAGAGGAAGUCCAUGAGCGGAGAUGGUGAGGAUUCUGGAAAUCCGGAUGCUAUUUACAAAACCAUGAUGGCGCGACUCUCUAGCUACCUAAAGAGGCUGCCUUUUGAGCUUGACCUUGGGCAUACAGGAAGAUCAGAGCACAACGAUCUAUCAGAGCUGGUCAACACACUCCAUGGACUUCAGCAAAGGCCUUUCUCACCUUUUGGCAAUGAACAGCCUCCUCGAUAUGAGGAUGUGGUCCAGUCCCCUCCAUCAGCAAAAGUCCAGUCUAAAUCUUCAGCUUGCUCGUCUCCGGAGUCUCUCGAUGGCACCAGGGAUCUCCCAGGAAGUUUAAUAUCUGCUCAAGUCCUCUCUGUAUCACUCCCUGCCCAUUCAUCUGCUAAUGGACUGCAGUAUUCCAACCUUUCCUCUUCCACAGCCAGCACCAAACCAUCCACCCUUCAUUAUCCCAUCUCCACUGGCCGCCAUGAUGCCUCCUCCUCCUCCUCCACCAACAGCAUUUCCAAAGAAACCUCAAUGGAGACCCUGUACAUUGAGGAGGACGCUGAUGUAGGUCGAGCACUGGAUAGGAAGCAGGGUUCUAGUCUUUCAGAGUCCAGGCAGCUUUCAAAGAGACAUGACAUAAUGUCAGGUCCCAGUGCUGGCAUUACUGACAAACUUCCUGAUCUCAGUAGAAAUGGAACUGUAUAUACACCCAAAGCUGAACCAGGAAGUAACCAGGCUUAUACGCCAUCACAAAGUACCGAGUCAAGGAUACUCUCAAAUUCCGCUCCACACAUCUCCAGGGAAGGUGUAGAUGAGAUUGAUAAACUACUAAUGGACUUGGAGUGUCUCUCUCAGAAUAUGCAGAAGGAACCUCCGCUACCACCAAAGCAGAGACAGAUAAAUGCGUACCAAAAAAAUCUGCACCAGAUUGGCUCCUCAGGGAUUAAAGGUCCGCCUUGUCCGAAUCCUCCUGCCAUCUCGUCCACCAAACCGACAAAUCGCAACACAGAACAAGCUGGUGAGGAGGACGAUGGUGCUCUCUUGCUACGGAUUCUGGAGAGCAUUGAGAGCUUCGCUCAGGAGCUGGUGGAUUGUGGAGCCGGAACAGGAACUCAAUCAAAAGAGCGUGAGGUGAUGCGUCUCCUUCAAGACACACUGGCUAAGACUGAAAUGACUUCAGAAACUGCUCCUGUGCCUACACCUGCACCUGCACCUGCACCUGAACUGGCACCAGGACCUUCACCUGCAGGACCUUCACCCUUAGUUCCGGCUACACCUGUACCUGUAGCUGCACCUUCAGCGACUCCUGCUAAAGUCUUGAGUCCGUUCAUCAGUGGGAGAGACACAGGAUCUACUAUCCUCAUCCAGCAGACGCCAGAAGUCAUCAGGAUCCAGCCGGAGAAGAAACCCGUCUCUCCUCCUCCUCCUCCCAUCCCUCGUUCCCCCUCUCCUCCCCCACCUGCCCCACCUCCUCCCUCCAUUAACAUUCCACGCUUUUAUUUUCCCACGGGUCUCCCAAACCUCACCGGUAAUAUCGACGAGGCCAUAGCGAAAGUCGAGGCGGCCUUCGCCAAGCUGCAGGAGGAAAAGGCCGACAUCUACGAGAUGGGCAAGAUCGCCAAGGCAUGCGGAUGUCCGCUGUAUUGGAAGGCCCCAAUGUUUAACUGUGCAGGAGGAGAGAGGACUGGCUUCGUCUCUGUCCAUUCAUUUAUCGCCACAUGGCGAAAGUUGUUACACAGCUGCUAUGAUGAUGCGUCCAAGUUUGUUUACUUGCUGGCCAAGCCGGGCUGCACGUACCUGGAACAGGAAGACUUCAUCCCCCUCUUACAGGACGUCGUGGACACUCAUCCGGGUCUGACAUUUUUAAAAGACGCUCCUGAAUUCCAUUCCCGCUACAUCACCACCGUGAUCCAGAGGAUAUUUUACACAGUGAAUCGCUCAUGGACAGGCAGGAUCACCAUGACUGAGCUCAGGAGAAGCAACUUCCUGCAGACUCUGGCCCUGUUGGAGGAGGAGGAUGACAUUAAUCAGAUCACAGAUUAUUUCUCUUAUGAACACUUCUAUGUCAUUUAUUGUAAGUUCUGGGAGUUGGACACCGACCACGACCUCUUCAUCGACCCCAAAGAUCUCUCCCGCUACAACGACCACGCUUCAUCCAGCAGGAUCAUCGAGAGGCUUUUCUCAGGAGCUGUCACUCGGGGAAACUCUGUGCAGAGAGAAGGACGUAUGAGUUAUGCUGAGUUUGUGUGGUUCCUCAUCUCAGAGGAGGACAAGAAGAACCCAACAAGUAUAGAGUACUGGUUCCGCUGUAUGGAUCUGGAUGGCGAUGGUGUUCUCUCUAUGUAUGAGCUGGAAUAUUUCUAUGAGGAACAGUGUGAGCGGAUGGAGGGGAUGGGAAUAGAACCGCUGCCCUUCCAAGAUCUGCUGUGCCAGAUGCUUGACCUCGUCAAACCAGAGAGCCAAGGUAAGAUCACUCUGCGUGAUCUGAAGCGCUGCAGGAUGGCCCACAUCUUCUUCGACACGUUCUUUAACCUGGAUAAAUACCUGGACCAUGAGCAGAGAGACCCGUUCUCCGUGCAGAAGGAUGUGGACAGUGAGGGUCCGGAGCCCUCAGACUGGGAUAAGUACGCAUCAGAGGAAUACGAGAUCCUGGUAGCGGAGGAGACGGUCAGUGAGCAGCUGCAUGACGGGUCUUUUGAGGAUGACUACGAGUGUGAGGAGCUUCCUGUUACGUCUGACAUCGGAAACAAAAUGGACAAACUGGUGAUCUCCGAUCUGUCUCCAUGAUCGACUUGAAGCUCGCUCACAGAGGAAAUACACACUUUUCUACAGUGCAGAAACGGACUCUGUGUGUGUGUGUGUGUGUGUGUGUGUAUGUGUGUGUGUGUGUGUGUCUGUGUGUGUGUGUAUGAGAGAGAGAGCGAGAGAGCGUAAACUCCCACCAAGGCUUCGUGUUCAGUAUGUCUUAACCAUUAUCACAAACAAACUUCACUCCUCGUGAUCCGAAUAAAACAGUCGGCUGGUUCCAUCCCUCACCUUAUUUGAAAAAAAAAAAAUUAAAUAAAAAUGUAAAAAAAAAUUAUUAUUAUUAUUACAUUAUAAGACAUGGGACAGAUGCUUUAGGACACUUUAUUAGGGUUCUGGCUUGAAGGGAACGCUGUGGUUGUCAAAAUCUCACGUAUUAUACGUUUAUACUCAGCACUGCUUGGACAGGAAGAAGAAAAGAAAUCGUAAAUCGGAAAGUGAUUUCAGUCCAAAUGGCUAACCAGCAAAGUUACAUAAAGCUAUCUGCUACGUAAAUUUGACUUAGCAACACAAAUUCUUCACAUGUUCACAUUAAUAUUGUGAAUUUGUGCCUUGUACAAAAUGUCAAACACAAUAAUGCAGGCAGUUACAGCUGUGAAAACACUGUUGCUAGGCAACUGGGAUACGCUAGCUAGCUAACGAAAGACACGGUGACAGCAGAAAUGUGACAAUCAUCCAGAACGUCAACAUUUCUCUCAGAUGUGGUGGUAAAACCUUUAGAAAAUGCUCCGUACAACUACAAUUGUUUUAUUUCGUAUUUUUUAAAUGUACAACAUCACAUCCCAACUCGUAAACUCUUAGCAAGUCAACUAGCAAAGCUAGCUAGUUGGAGAAUUUGAACACAGCAUUUCACUCGACAUUUGAGUGCUAAAAGACAAGAUAACACUGUUGCUAAGCAACUGAGAAAUAUACACACCAAGCAUAAGCUAGCUAGAACAUAGACGUUUAUAGAUAAAGUAAGGAAACAGUGACGGUGGAAACUAGACAGAAUAGUCAGGAACGUCGACAUUUCUCUCAGAUGUGUUGGUAAAAUUGCGAGAAAAGACUCGGUAUGACUACGAUCGGCUCCUCCAUGUUGAAAAACGUUAACGUUACGUUGCAGCACUGAGCUGCUGGAAAAAAUAGGCGACUGGCGCAAAUUUAAACAAGAUACACUCAACGUUUGAGUGGUUUAAGUCAUGACAGCACUGUUGCUAGGCAACUACAAAAUAUAUACACUAGCUAGAACAUAACCUUUUUUUUAAAGUAGGUAACAUAAAAAACAGUAACGGCGAGAAAAGACAGAGAAUCGUCAGGAACGUCCAAGUUUCUCUCGGAUGUGUUGGUAUAUGAUUGAGUAAAGGCUCGACUACAGUUGGUUCAUUUAAUAUUUUGAUCAUGUUGCAAUUUAUAAACUUAUAAAUUGUUGGAAAUUUAGGUCACUAGCAUAAAUGCUAGUAUUUCCAAAGAAUUUAAACACGGUUAAAGUGGAGAAAGUCAUGAGAACGCUGUUACUAAGCAACUGGGAGAUAUGGACACACCAAGCAAAAGCUAGCUAGCAACGAACAAAUAAAGUUGCUGGUAGACAGUUAGCCAGUUAGCUAGCUAGGCAAUAUUAACAUGACCGGUAGCAUAAAUAGGUGCUUGCUCUGUGUAGUGUAUUAUUGUGACUAAAUUUACGUGAAAAGUGGUAUGUUGUGUCUAAUUACGCAAAAUGCAAAGCAAGCCAAAAAAAAAGGUCAAAAUGAUCCGAGCGUAGUCGUGAGAUUUGACGCCGCAGAGUUAGCGUAAAGCUGGAACGGUUUAUUAGAAUGUGCUUUCGUGUGAGUGAAAUGAUGCACAGUAAAUAUUGCACAUUAAUACUGAGUGCUGAAGCAGUAAUGGUGAUGUAGUGCGCUGCUCCUAGUGGCCACUUCAGGUAUUGCAUGUUCAAAUGAAAAAUGUGGUGGAGACUCAAUGUUAUUUAGUAUUUUAUUUCUUCUUCUUAUUCUUCUUCUUCUUUUUUGUAACUUGACUACAAACUGAAAUUCAAACUUCACUAAACAUUUCCAUAUUCACAAUUUUACAAACGUGGGAACUAAAACAGGACAAUCUUUAAAAGUUUAAUAGAAACUUCUAGAAAGCUUUGUGACAUUGCUCAGUCUGGCUUCAAUAUGGCCGCCUUUUAAACAACGAACUCAUACAGGGACUUCUCUCCUUCCCCAAUUAGCCAAACUUUGCUUACGUAUUAGCAUGCGAGUUAACCGCUAGUGUUUGGUUUAGCUAGCACCUAGUGGUUAGUGGUUGCUAUUUGUAUUUAGUUGCUAACGUUUGGGUUAGCAACUAGCAUUUUGAUGUGUAGUAAUGUCUGUGCACCAUGAGGGGGUGCUGUUCUGCCCUCUAUACUACAACCUUGUCCACUUUACUCUUGGUAGACUCAUGCCAUCAUCUUAAAUCAUUAAAGUGUGUGUGUGUGUGUGUGUGUGUUGGAUUAGCACUGCCGCUAACUCUGACUGUAACACACUCUCUAACUGUACACUGUUUUAUGUAAUUAGUGUAAUAUAUAAUAUAUAUAAUUUAUAUAAGUGUUUCUGUGUGUGUGUGUGUGUGUGAGUGCGUGUGUGUGUGUUUGUAAGAGUGUGUGUGUGUGUACCAUAGCCACAGUGUGUUUUCUAACAACCGCUGUAAAUGCCUCUGUAUUUUAUUUUAUUGUAUUAUUAUUAUUUUUUUGGCGUUAGUCUCUGCCACUGCGUGGUGGAGGCGGAGUUUUAAACGCUGAGAAACGGACAGAUCUUGAACCGCAGUGUUUCUAUGAUGACCUGUGUGAUGAAUUCGGCGUUCGACAACAAUCGGUUUUCCUGGAACUUUCCCGGCUCAGUCAUCAGGAGCGGCGCGAUUAAACCUGCUGUAGUGUUUUACGCCGUUACUUCACGUUAAUGAUCUAUGCAAAACCCCCAUCCUGUGCAGCUGAUUAACACGAGCUGUUUAACAUCAACCUGUUAGUGUGCAACUUUAUUUUGAGUUUUAUAUCAUCAUAUAUAUAUAGCUAUAUAUAAAUCAAUCUAAAUAUAUUUCCAUGUGUAUUUUUUUUUGUCUUGCUUUCAGACUUGACGAGGUUUCGCUCGGAGAGGCCUCAUGUGUUCGCAUGACUUUUUUUUCCCCUUUUUUUUCUUUUGAAAAUAAAGUUUUAAAAGCU